CGGGGCUGCGGGACUAACCGUUCUGUCGGUGGAGUCCUCCCUCUUCGUUUUCGACAUAGCUUCCCUGGUCCCCUCUAGGUCUGCUCGUCUACACAGGAGCCCCCGGGUGCCGCCAAGCUCGCUGUCCCUGGUCGGGAGUGCUGUCGCAGGUUUGCAAGCAACUGUCCUGAAGAGGACCAGGGAAAAAAUCAAGUGAUGUCUACCUCCAGGCUCAUUCCCAAGUGGAAUGAGUUUAUGCGCUCUGUGAAUGACGUCAUUCAAAAAAGCAAGAAACCCACAGGGGAUGCAAAGACUGAUGUAGUUGUGCUGAGUGACCGAUCGCAGGUGCUGUUCAAGGAAUCUCGCUAUCCUCAGACUAUGCCACUCAUAUGCCAUUACUUCAUUGAAGCCCACUUCUUUGCCUCCCUCUCCUGGGCAACGACCUACACAAGAGAGACACUGGCUGUAGUAUGGACGAAGAACAAAGCUGAGGACAUGGUUGAAAGGAGAACCUUCACAAUGACCGAGCGACUGCCAGCCAUCCAGUCCAUAGUGCACACAGGCGCCUUUCACCUAAUCAUCACCUACUGCGGUGACUUGAUUCUGAGGCUCUUUGGGGACCAUUUUAGGGCGUUUAAAUCCAUGUGUACCGUGCCCUGCCGCUUUGAUAUCACCUGUCUCUGCUUUGAUCCAGAAACAAAGAUGCUUCUGUCUGGCAUCGUUGGGGCGGUGGUCACCUGGAACAUCGAACACAACGGCAAGGGCCUCCAAAUGAUGCAGAUAUUUCCCACACCUGGUGAUGAGCUGGUCCAGAAUAUCGUUCUGAACGGCCCCAAUGGCUGCCUGGUUGCCCUGUGUGAAACUAUGCUAAGAGUCCUUGACCGCCAGGACCAGGGCCACCUGGGAGAGGUGCGGAGGUUCACCACCACCAGCGUGGGCUCUCCUAUCACCUGCUGCCUCACUAGCCUCAGUGGGAGCCUUAUGUAUGCGGGGAACAAGGCUGGGGAAGUCCAUGUAUGGAGCCUGAGCAGGAGCGCGCCCCUCCACAGCUUCAGGGCCCACGUCUCAGCAGUGAUAUGUAUACAGAACCGGUCAGAGGCGCACACCAUGCUGACAGCUGGCAAGGAAGGCACACUCAAGGAAUGGAAUCUCACUUCAGGGAAUCUGCUCCGGCGGCUCGAGCUCGGCGAGGAGCUCCACAAACUCCAGUUUAUCGACAACACUACUUUCUUCUGCCAGACAACUCAUAAUUUUUCCUUGCACCGUCUGCCCUGCUUCUACACACUCUUCAACGUCUGUGGCUCUGCUCCCCAGCAGCUGCGUCGAAUCCGCUGCAAAGACGACUGCUUCCGCAUCCUGUGCACGACCGAAGACGGCCUGUUGCGCUUUGUGUCUCCCGUCACCGGGGAUCUUCUGAUCAUCACCUGGCCUCUCUCAGUCCUCGACCGUGCUGUGGAUUGGGCCUAUGAUCCCAGUAAAGAGGAGCUCAUAGUGGCAACGGGCACCUCAGAGGUGGUGGUGUUUGACACAAGCCGCAACCCUUGCCCAGUCAAGUAUCUGUUGUGCACCUCACCGGACGAUGAGGACUUUGUCCAGUGCCUGGCUUAUGGCAAUUAUCAUCUGGGGCGGGGGCUGGAAGGACUGAUAUUCUCUGGGCAUCAGAGCGGUACUGUGAGGGUGCUCUCCCAGCACAGCUGCGCCAGGAUCGAGAAAGUUUUGCACUUUGGGGCUGUGCUGGCUCUAUCAGCGCUCUAUGGAGGGCUUCUGAGCAGCCGAGACAACUCUUUGCUCUGUUCCUACGGGAUAGAUGACUACAUACAGUUGUCAGAAAUUGUGUUCGCUGGGACCAGACUACAGCUGCGGACCCUGGCUAGCAUUCUCAGCAGCUGCCAUCUAAAACACCUAGUCCUCUUACCGAAGUCUGUAGGUGCCAUUACAGACGCCAACUGCCUGCGGCUCUGGAAGUUCCAUGAUUUCCUGUCCUUUGGGACAAAGCAAGGUACCCGGUUCAUAGAGACAUUGCCUCUGCACCAGUGCACCAUCGUCUCCUUUGAUGUGUGCUUGCCCUUGAGUCUUUUUGUCACAGGCGGCUCCGAUGGCUCCGUCCGCAUCUGGGACUUCCAUGGUAGACUCAUAGCCAUGUUGGACUCAUCACUGCGCUUCGGUCCACUCUGCUUUUUAAACGACCGGGCUGACCUGCUGGUGACUUUCAACCAGAGUAUUUACCUGGUGUCUUGCUUAGAAUUGUUCCCCGCAGCCAUGCUCUCUCGCCUUGUCCUUUUGAGCAUAACAGAUGACAUGGUAGAAGCCCCCAGACCUUUUGUACCAAGCUUCUUCUUCUCCUUUGAGACCAUAUUUGUGCCUAAGUACAGCUACCAAGAUCAGCGGAGACAGGACCUAGAAGGCCUGACGUGCCUUGUCAAUAAGCGGGCCAUUGCCUUUGACCAUAAUGUGCCACAUGUCAUAGAAGAAGAAGAUGAUGGGAGCACCGUACUACUGGAUGCUUCCCGGCAGGAAUUUUUGGAGGCAUCCGCCUUGGAGCAGAUGACAAAGCAACCCCCAAGUCAUUAUGUGGUUCCUCCUCAGUUACAAAUGACUGCCUGGGAUGGACUCAACCCCUAUCACAUACUACGAUGCUACUUCGGUCAAGAGAAGAAAUGGCUUCUCGCUCCUGAUUGCUACAUCCCCAACUCAGUGAUCCGUGCCCGUCUUUGGCCAGAGGGCAGCCCGAUAUUCCUACAGUGCAGCCUGCACUCACCCCAGCGGGAUCUGGACUGGGAAAAGAAAGAGCCCUUCUUCUUCUGGCACAGCAAGAUAAGAACUACCAGUGUAACAGAGCAUGUUCCCGAGAAAGAGGACGAAAACUUCCUGCAGAGGAGAUUAACCAAGGACAUCACUUACAGCGUCCUCACGGACGCAGCAAACCGCAGCUGGCUGGGGAAGAAGAUGAGCGAAGUAGCCAUUAGUAGCCUGGUCGAGGCAAUCCUCAACAUUAUGGUCCACUCCAACCCACUGAAAUACCAAUGCUGCAUUGGUGCAUUAGGACAAAUCUUUGCCGCUUACCAGGUGUCCCCAACCCUACGCUCUGAGACAGCACACCGUCUGCUAGACGACACAACCCAUUCUAACCCGCUUAUCCGAGAACUAGCCUGGGAAGGGCUGAAGCGUCUGGGGAUGAUCACUCAUCUCUUUGCCUUGCCUCUGGCCCAGGGAUUAAUGGACAAGGACCAGAGAGUGAGGAAUAAAGCCAUGGUCCUAAUGCCUGAGACGGGAAUCCAUUCAAAGAGCUCUCUCUUAACCCUCAUCCAGAAACCGGACAUUUUCCGGGAUUUGCAGCAAGAGAUGAUUGGGGAGGAGACCCUGGACCAUCUUCUGGGGAUGCGACCCACAGACAUUCAAAUCCUCAUUACUCAAGUAGACCAGCGAUUGAAUGACAACCUGUCAAUGUCCAAAGGAGAUAGAAAGUUUGAAUUUUCUUUAGCUCUCCCAGGGUCUCCUGUACCUAGUAAGGGCAUUUCCUUGCUACCUAUGUCAGCUCAUGAAGAACCUGAGGUCAAGCCCAGCAAAGGCCAAAGAUUGGCCCGAGCAGCUGGUAAAAGGCAUGCCCGAAGACUGUUGCGAGGUCUCAGAAAAGCCAAAGAGGCAGCUAAACUGCGAAAACAAGAGGAGAUAAAAGAUCAGGGGGAAGCGGAGGCUGUCGAGGCUGUCACAGUCCAUUCCAGGUCUUCAGUCGGGAGUCUAUUAAGGAGCCCCCGAGACAUUGAAAUCUCAGAGAAAGACAUCUUAAAGGACCACAUUUCUGUGAGCAUGAAAAUGAGGAAAAAGCUGAAAGCCCCAGACAAGAAAGAAAAGAAAGCUCUAAAACCCAGCAAGCACAAGAAAAAGAAAAAAGAAGAAUUUGAAGUUGCGGUUAUAGGCGAGGAAAUCUUGCCUCCCUCAGAUGUAGUGGAGCCUCCCCCACGGAGGAGAAGGCCACGAGCCUCUGGGAGGGGCGUCGGGGGGACGCCUGGUAGGAUCCUUACUGCAGAAGCCGCCUGGCGGGAUGACCUCUGUAAGCUCGUGAACCUUAGGAUAGCUGGUUCCCAAACCCAGAUAGCGGAAGAGCUAGGUAUUGAGCUGCUGGCUGUUGCUAAGGAGGUACUGAUAGAUAAGCACCCGAGCUGGGAACUCUUUAUGGAGAUCUGCCCACUGGUGGAGGAAGAAGUGGCUGAGGACUCUCGGUGGCAAGAGGAAGAAGCAGGUUCUGUCCCUGAAGAAGCAGUCGGAGAGGAAAUGGUCACCGCAGCUGAGGAAGAAAUACCAGAGGCAGGAGAAGAAGAAACGGCCGAGAAAGAACUGAGAGCAAAGGAGGAGGAGGGGGGAGUGAUUCGCAAAAAGGGCAAGAAGAAAGAAGUUGCUUUCUUAGAACAGGGUGAGGUAGGCAGAGGAAAGGGCAGGCCCCGGAAGGAAGGCAAGAAAGCGAAGAAGAUGGCAAAACAGGAGAAAAUGAAAGGAGGCUUGAAAGAGAAGAGAGUCUCCACAGAGGAGCUGCCUGCGACUUCCGAAGCGGAGGCGGUGGCGGAGGCGGAGGCGGAGGCGGUGGCGGAGGCGGUGGCGGUGGCGGAGGCAGAAAAGGUGGAAGCAGAAGAAAAACCAGAGGAAGAGAGGAAGCUGUCCUGGGAAGAGUGGAAGAGGUCUUGGGACGCGUGGCAUAGACUCCAGACAGUGUCUUGGGAAGAAUGGAAGAAAGAGUGGGACCGGAAGUAUUUUGAGGAGCAGAAACAACGCAGGGCUGGACAAGAGCUGCUGCAGAGAGGGGAAGAGGAAGAGGAAGAGGAAGAGGAAAAGGAGGAGGAGGAAGAGGAGGAGGAGGAGGAGAAGAAGAAGAGGAACAGGCUGAAAUGGGACGAAUGGAGGCAGGUCUGGGAAAAUAUCAUAUCGAAGACCAAAACGGAGAUGGGGUUGGAGCUGGCAGAUGUACAGCCGGUAGAACUCGGGGAAGACUUUGAGGAGGAGACUGAGGAAGAGGCUGUCACAGAAGAGCAGAAACAGAUGCUAGAGGCGCAGAGAGAGGCCAGGGCAGAGUGGAAGGAAGCCCGAGCGGAGAGACAGUGGGCCAGAGAGAACAGGCAGCUGUCGACAGAAGAGGAGAAACUGUCCCAGGAUGAGAGGAAGCUGGCCCAGGAAGAGAGGAAACUGGCCCAGGAGUAUGUGAAAAGGGCCGCCGCCGGUGAAAAGCUGGGCCACGUAGAGAUGACCCUUGGUGAGAAAGAAGAGCAUCUGGCCAAGGAAGAGGAGUUUCUAAGUCAGCAAGCAGAGCAGCUGGCCCAGAAGAAGAGGAAACUGGCCAGAAAGUUGGAGAAGCUGGCUCGCGAGGAAGAAAAAGUCGCAAAGAAAACUGCAAAAGUGGCCGAGAUCAAUGUGGUGUUGGCUCAGAAAAUGGAAACCCUGACUCAAAAGGAGCGGAAUCUGGACUUUCAGGAGAGGGAGCUGAAGGAGGACGCUAAGGCCCUGGAAUGUGACGUGAGGGAGCUGGCCUGGAAAGAAGAUGAAAUGAACGAGGAAGAGGAAAGGCUGGCCGAGAAAAGGGAGAAGCUACCAGAGGAGGAGACGCUGCUGACCUGGUACAAGGAGAAUCUGUCACUGGAAGAGAAAACGCUGGCCCAGGAGGAGGAGCUGCUGAUGGAAGAAGAGAGAAAACUGGAGGGAGACCAGACACCUGAGGAGGAGGAGAGGCUGUUGGAGAGGAGGGAGAUAGGGAGGGAGAAGAAAGAGAGGUUGGCCCAGGAGAAGGAGAGACUGGCCCAGAAAAAGAAAGAACUGGACGAGAAGAAGACCCACCUAGCCCAGACAGAAGAAGAUUUGGUCCAGGAGAAGUAUGCACUGUCUCUGGAAAAGCAGAGACUGGCUGAGCGGGAAGCCACUCUCCGAGACCAUGAAGACAAAGUCCUCAAGGGGAAAGAACAGCUGCGAGACGUAAAACACAAGCUGGAGCUGUACAGGGAGAAACUGCUUCAGGUGAGCAGGAAGCUGAAGGAGGAGAAACAGGUCCUGAUAUCGAAGAGAGAGAGGAUGGCCGAAGCAGAGAGAAAAUUGGGGGAGGCAGACCUGAUCCUGGCAGAAAAGCAAGGGAGAUUGGCCCAGGAAAAGAUGAAGCUAGCUGACGAGAUUAAGGUCAUAAUCCAGAAAAGCCAGUUCUUCAGAGAGGAGAUGGAGAUGGCUGAAGAAGGGAUGGCCCUGACUGAGGAGAUGAAGAGAGUGGCUGAAGAGAAGAUAAAGCUAGCAGAGGAGUCCAAGCCGCUGUCCAGGAGGGGGACGGAAGAGAUCUCGAGAAAAAGACUGACUGAGCACGAGGUAACCCUGCUGAAGAAGCGACUGUCACUGGAGGAGAAGAUUCUGACCUAUAAGGACAGACUACUGGCGACGGAGGAGAAGAACGCCGCCAAAGGGAAGCUGGAGCUCAUCAGAGGACAGCGGCUACAGGCCCAGGAAGAGAGGAAGUUAGCCAGAGCAACCAGGAAGAUGGGGAAAGAGAUGGCUGUUUCCCGGGAGCUGCCACAGAUGAGAAAAUCCUUAAAGGUGCUUCAAAAACUAGUCAGCAAAGAAAGGAAAAUUACCCAGAAAGAGACAAGGAUGACAAAGAUAAAACGGACACUGCUUGUGAAGGAGGCCAAGCUAAAUAAGGAGGAGCACAGACUUGAUGUGAAGGAGCUGGACACGUAUGAAGAACAACCAGAAGUCAUCAGUGACGAGAAGAAACUGGCUAAGAUGGAGAGGCAUCUGGCCAAGGAGAUGGAGAAACUGAAAAGCCAAGAGCAAAGGGCGGCUGAAGAAGAGAGUGAACUUGUCUGGUGGGGCCAGGUAGAGCUCCCAGAGGAGGAAGACCUUGAGGUAGAAGAGGGAGUCUUUAAAAACUUGUGGAGAAGGAGAUGGGCAUGGGCAGGGCCUCUUCCUGGGACGGAAAAGUUUUAUGAUCUGUUAGAACAGGUAGAAUGUAAAGAGAGCUUUACCAAGGAGAUGGAAAGCCUGCUGGAGGAGGUGGAGGCAGAAAAAGAGAGUCUGUCUGAGGAAGAAAGGGAAGAUGAGGAGGAACUGAAGGAAGAGGAGGAGGAGGAAGGGGGAAGGGAGCAGAAAGCAGAGAGGGAGGAGGAAGAGAUGAAAAUGGAGGAGGGGAUUAAAAGAGAAGAGGAGGGACAAAAGGUACUGGAGGAGAAGGAAGAGCGAGAAAGGGAGGAGGAGACAGAAAAGGAGGAGGAGAAGAUGGAACGGGUGCAUGAGGAGGAAGAGGAGGAGGAAGAGGAAGAGGAGGAGGAAGAGGAAGAGGAGGAAGAGGAAGAGGAGGAGGAACCGACAGUUGCGAUCAAACCGUUCAGGUCUCCGAUAGUUGGUAGGGCCAUGAAAGCUCGCAAACUCCAGCGCAAGGCACCACAAACCAAGUGGUUUCUGCAGCAGCAUCUUUCUCUGGCACGACAUAUAAGCGCAGAGAUGCCGCCUCUGCCUGAAAUCUCGACAGAGGAACGCUAUUCAGAGGCAGGUGUCUCAGAUCUGGAAUGGCUGCACAAUGUGUUAGGACAGAUGGAAGCAGGAAAAGAACUCACUAGAGACAGUUUCCACAGACUGUGUCAGCUCCUCAAAGACCUCACCACGACGGGAGACCUGGAGUGGCUGCACCUGGCAAUACUGGAGGUCAUUGUGGAACGCCACAAGCAGAGUGUGACUUCAAAGCCUGCCAGGGAACCCAUGAGCCCCAAACACCUGAAAGUGAUCCCUCCUAUAAAAGGGAAGGAGAGGGAGAGCUGGCAAAAACCGGCUAUCCACAUACCAGGGCCCCCACCAGCUACCAAGGGGGCUACAGAGCCAAAGGCUAUACACUGGCAUCUUCUAGGAGAGCCAUACAGAAGAGCACGUGUGCAGCAUUUAUUCAACGUUCUUAAGGAAAUGGAGACGCGACCUUUUAAGCCUACCACAAGAGACAUUUUGAUAGAUGCCCAUUCUUCUGUAAACAAACAAACCUUGGCACUAAUGUUUCAGAAGGACUUUGGGGAUCUUAAAGGUAAAAGCAGGUAUCCCAAACUGCCUAAGUUGGAGAAAAAGCCUAUCUUAAAAAGAGAAGAGCUGCCUCCAUGGGAGACGUUUGUGGCGCUCUACCAUGUUUUGCGGAUGCUGCUGCAGCGGUAUGCCAAAGACAUGGCUACUUGGAUGGAAAAGUUUUACCAGCUCAUGGACCUCUACCAGCUUCAGUCCCCCCACAUCCAGAGGCUGCUGCAGGACCUGCUACUGACAAAGGGGCCUCAGACCCUAGAGUUCGUCUCCCAAGAGACUCUGCAGGCCGUGGAGCUAGUGCCCGGGGAGCGGCUGUUAUACUGCUUAAUUUGUGGUGGCUCCCAUCCCCCACACAUGCCUCUGGACUUCCAGGAAGUGAUCCCACUUCCUGAGCAGAAUAAUGUGCACACCAUUCGACCCAAAGGCAUUGCCAAGUAUGGGAUCCUUGAAAUUGCCUGGAAGAGUCUGCCCCAAGCUGAUAUUCACCUCAUCAAGAAAGCACCCCAUGUUAUCGUUCACACUCCCUGA